AAUGGCGGCCCGCCGCGCAUGUCUCUAAAAUGGCCGACGCUCCUUCGAGAAAUUUACGUCGCUGUUUAAAAUCCGCAAAAAUCUUCGCUUAAAUGGCGUAAUUUUCGCAUCCCUCUGUACGUUGUAAAUUGUAAAUAGUUCCUUGUACAGUUAGUGGUAAUAUUUUUGUGUUGUGACCGCCGACAUAGUGUAAAAUUUCCGAUCGAUUCUUGUGUUUGUGUACAGUGAAGACUUUCGUUCGAUUGCCGGACGCCGACACAAAAAACGCCGGUUUUUACAUAUAAUACGCCUCGCUGAUGACCCACGGCCCUUGAGACAUACGACAGGUUCACCAAAUGAAGUGGCUUGGCAACGGUACCACUGUCCCGGAAAAUGAUUGUAUGAUGAAAUCACAAAUGGAUGGCGUUGGGGCUGCUAUGGGUGGCCCCCAGAGAACCCAAGAUGAUGCGGCCGUAGGAUAUGUGUUCCAACGACCCCCUGAUCCCGAAUUUAACGCCUUCGGAGGCCAGAAACAGAUCAGAUGGGCACCCGGAGAUGAUACUAUCAUUGAGAAUUCAGACAAAUGGAAAUAUCCUUCAAGCAGUCAAGGUGUUUCGUCAGGUUCACCUUCUAUGCAAGGACCCAAGGACCCGACACCCCCUGGGGCAAUGCCUUCCGGCGCACCCUAUGGAGCAACAUUACAAAGUACCCUUUAUGAUCUGGGAGUUAGUAAAGGACAUAUGCCUCCCUUAGCACCUGAGCAGCUAAUUUACAUGCCCGGUGGUCCCCAGUUGGCUCCACCCGGACAUGGCAGUCUUUCUUUACACCAUCACUACCUACAGCAGCAGUCUCUAGCUGUUCAGGCAGCCCAACAGCAGCAGCAGCAGCAGCAACAACAACAGUCCUUAAGACAACAGAUUCCACAGCAGGUGAGUCAUACGGUACCCAGAGCCUAUGAGGCAGCUAACAUGAUUGCUCCAGCAGCAAAAAAACUGUGGGGUUUAGAAUCCAAAGAUGGAAAAUCACUUGCCUUAAAUCAUUUAAAUCACGAAGGAGUAUGGCGAGAUCCUACGUGGGCUGCACCUGGUGAUCAUGCUGUUACGUCAUUGGCUAUGGGUGCUCGCAGAGGUUUUCCCGGAGCUGGAGGUGACCCUGGUGGCAUCCUUUCUCCUAGAGGAUCAGACGGACCUGGUGGAUUAGGAGUUAAAAUGGUGGAAUACGUAUUGGGCACAUCACCGACCGGCGAUAAAGGGGGCCAAACAGUACCCGGAGGACUGGAACCCCGAAUGAGAGUGUUACAUUUAGACGACAAAGACCUGUCCAAGGAUAAAGGGAGUCAGCAGAGCCCCAAAGAAGAACAGGGGGGCGUAAACGGCCAAGUCAUGCAACAACAAGUUAAUGGCCAGGAGGACGAUAAGGGAUUUAAUGUGGUAUUUUCCAGUCGCACUCCCGGUAGCAGACAACCAUCGCCCGCCGAGGAAGAUCACACGAAGAACGGAAUUGUGACCACGGGAGGCAUCGGUGGUCUCGAUCCCGCCACCAUGGGGGUGUUACUCAAACAACCUCCCCCAGUUGAUGGAGGCGGCGGAGGACCACUCCACCCUCACCAGCAGCACGCUCUGCACCAUUUGCCACCCCAUCACGCGCUAGGACCCCACUUGGGAGUUACCCUCGCCGAGAGUGUUAAUCAACAAUUUGCCGAUCAUUUUGAUCAGAGCCAACAGGGUCCGGGACAAGGUUACGACCAAUCACAACACCAACAGUACGCAGCCGCACAGCAGCAACACCAAGUGGACAAUGCCGUCUUGCAGCAACAACAGCAUAACUUCGAUGUACAGCAACUGUUCAGGUCUCAACAGACUCAAGCGGCGACCCCGGGAGCGGCUGCGCAGCUUCAGUUGCUACAGCAACAACAGCAGCAACAGUACAUCGCCGCGGCGCAGCAACAGCAAGCCGCGGCUGCCGCAUUUACGCAGCCGGGACCUUAUGUUUUGAAUGCGCAACAGGCUGAACCUUACUUAAUAACAGCAGGCGUCCCUGCACAAUACUACAAUGUGGGACCCUGGGUGUACCCAGCUCCACCAGCAAAUUUGGCUGCCCUACAACAAGGCGCCAGUAACGGAGCGAGACGACCUCUAACACCAAACGGAACCAAUGAGGCACAACAGCAAGUCCAGCCGGGCGUACCGCCGGGCGGUUACAUCGUGCCGGCAGCCUACUACGAUCAGUCGGGCGCAGGCCCAAUAUUGGUCGCCCAAGGCGCCGCCCAAGCUGCGGCCGCCGCGGCGGCCAUGCGCAACGGACACGCGCCCAUGCGCCUCGUCAGUCCCGCAGCCCCCGUCCUCGUGCCGCCUCCGGGGGCGGCGCCCGGACGCGCCCAAGGCGCAGCCGCCGCCGCCGCCAGUCUUUAUGGCGCAGCGGCCGGCGCCCAGGCCAGUUUAUACGGAGCGGCGGCGGCCGCUGCUGCCGCCGGCGUUAGCACCUCUGUUAACGGAACCACCUUGGGAGGCGUGGCCCAGGGCGUGGCAGGUUCGGGCCUGUUCCCUACCCUUCCACCGUCGGCGGCGCCCUUUGGGGGCAGCUCCCAGCUGGGCGCAAUCGGCUCCACCGCCCAGCAACAACAACAAUCGCAGGCCACGUCACAGCUUCAUUCAGGUUUAGGACUAAAUACCACCACCACAGGUCGCAGGGAUUCGUUUGACCGUAACACGUCUGCGUUUUCACCAUCUCUGGAUUACAGACAAAAAUGGCCGACGUCUUACAACAUCGGUAGUAGUCCCAGCCCUUUGGCUGGUAGUCUUACACCUCCACCAGCAACUUUACAGUUAGGAGGUCUCGUUAACUCCAGGGUUCUCUCAGCAGCUCCCGGUGCCGAAGCGAAAUACAGGAACUCCGUGGCCGCAGGUCUAAACGCAACCACGAUGUUCGGAUCGACGACGUCCCUGUUCACGAAAAUCAACUCGUCCUUAACCGCCGUUCCCAGUACGCUAGAUAAAACGACCCAAGGGAGAUCUCGACUAUUAGAGGACUUUAGAAAUAAUAGGUAUCCCAACUUACAGCUCAGAGAUCUCGCCAAUCACAUCGUGGAAUUCUCACAAGACCAACACGGAUCGCGGUUCAUCCAACAAAAACUGGAACGAGCCACUAGCGCCGAAAAACAGAUGGUGUUCAACGAGAUCUUAUCGGCGGCGUACAACUUGAUGACCGACGUCUUCGGAAACUACGUGAUCCAGAAGUUCUUCGAGUUCGGUACCAGUGAACAAAAAACGACCCUGGCCCAGAAAGUUCGCGGUCACGUUUUGCCAUUGGCGCUGCAAAUGUACGGCUGCAGGGUCAUCCAAAAAGCGUUGGAGUCGAUACCGCCGGAGCAACAACAAGAGAUCGUACGUGAGCUGGACGGACACGUAUUGAAGUGCGUGAAAGAUCAAAAUGGGAACCACGUGGUGCAGAAAUGUAUCGAAUGUGUCGAUCCCAAUGCUUUACAGUUUAUCAUCUCGUCCUUCUCCAACCAAGUGUACAAUUUAUCCACACAUCCGUACGGAUGCCGAGUAAUCCAACGUAUUUUAGAGCACUGCACACCGGAACAAACGACGCCGAUUCUGGCAGAACUACAUCAACACACCGAUCAGCUGAUUCAAGAUCAGUUUGGCAAUUACGUUAUACAGCAUGUCUUAGGUAAUGAAGCGACCUAUCUUAAGCAUGGAAAGCCAGAGGACAAGUCCCAGUUGAUAAAUAGCGUGAGGGGGAAAGUAUUGGUGCUAAGCCAGCACAAGUUCGCCAGCAACGUUGUGGAAAAGUGUGUGACGCAUGCGACGCGCGCCGAGAGAGCUUUGCUUAUUGAAGAAGUUUGCAACUUUAAUGACAACGCCCUGCAAGUGAUGAUGAAAGAUCAGUACGCGAAUUACGUCGUUCAAAAGAUGAUCGACGUCAGCGAGCCGACGCAACGUAAAGUACUGAUGCAUAAAAUCAGACCCCAUCUAAAUUCGUUGCGUAAAUACACCUACGGCAAGCACAUUAUCGCCAAACUGGAGAAAUACUUUAUGAAGGCCCCCGGUUCGAUGGGUUCCAUGGGUGGGGAAUUGGGCCCCAUUGGCCCACCAACUAAUGGUGUUUUGUAAACUGCAGUUGAGAUGCUUCAUUGAGCCUUGGAUAAUUGCUAGUUACUAAAUGCGAUUGAAAAAUUAAAUGCACCCGAGGCUCGAGCGAGGCAAACUGUACUAACUUUAGUACGAGAGUAAAUUUGAGGAUUGAAAAACGAUCUGCGCAAGGUGGAAACGGCAGUUUGCUAUUUGCUCGGUUCGUUUUUCUUUCAAGAUUUUAUGCUUGAUAUAAAAUUGUUUUGCCCCCAAAAAAAAGAAAAAACUAAAUUUUUCUAAAAUUAAGUUCGAUGCCGCCUCUUGCGGUUUUUUAAUUAAUACGAGGCGGUGAGAAAUUUCCAGUAUUUUCAAUUUUUAAAAGUUGACUUUUUUCCAAAAUAAUCCUAAAUGACGUUUUAAAAAAUAGUUCAUUUUUAGUAGGUUAGUCGUUUUUUUUAGGAUAAGUUGGGUCGCGCCUCUCGAUCCGUUUUUGUUUCAUCUCAUUUUUUUUCCAUUAGUUUUUGGUCGUGUAUUAUAUUCUUGUAACUAUAUUUCCCAACCUCCCCCACCCCUCACUUUAUAAAUAUAUAAUAUCGUUUAAGUUCAUUUUACAUUUUUAGCAUACACUUGUAUCGCUUUUUUUUGUUAGGGAUAUAUAUACUAAUACGAUUCUGACUGCUUUUAAGUUCUCUUUUUUUUUUAAUUAUAGCCAGUUUAAUUUUUAUUUUUCAGUUAUUCGAGUGUCUAUAGUGUUUAAAUAUGUAAAAAAAUGCCACCCUAUAGAGAAAAAGAAUUAUUGUUUUAUUCAUUGUCAUAAUUGUUAAAGUUGUAGAUAUUUUUUGGCAUUUUUUUAUAUUUAAAAAAUUGUUUUUUUUUCACAUGGUUAGACACCCGAUGAGUGAAAUAUUUUAGUUAACGUUGCGGCGGAUGCGGCUGGGUCGUAUACAUUUAAUAAUAGUUUCAUUUUCUUUUAUCUUAUUUUGGUUAGUGAUUGAUUUAGGUGAUAUCUAUAUUUUGAAAGAUAGUAGGACCGCGAGUCGAUUCGCCGCGCAUUUUAAUAAAUUAGGUUAUGUCUUUAAUUAUUUACUGACGGCUGUCGCACUUUAUUAUAGUUUACGAUGCUCGAGAGUCGAGAAUUGCUUUUCGUUUUAUUGUUUCGCCGAAUCUCAUCAAAUUGGAUAUAAAGUAAAGAAUUGGUUUUCGGUAUAUCGGGUGUCCCUGUCAACGGACACACCCCUUAUAUUUUGUGAAACCCUUGUACAUAGAGCAUUAUACCGCAGUAAGGAUUUAAAUUAAUCGAACAUUGAGACCAAGGGUCUCUUUCCUCGUAUGAUAUACACACUUAUAUACACACCCAGUGGCUAAAACACCAUUGCCUUUAUAAAUACGUUAAAAGUUUUAUUUUUUUUUUUAAAGAGAAUCUUUCAACGGAUAUGGAAUUCUUAGCGCCCUCAAGUUUGCUAAAAAUUUAGUAUGUUAUAGUCAAUGGCCUAAGGUCUGAAAAACCUCUUAGUUGAAAGUCAAGGGUUGCUUGCAAUAGGAGCCAAUUAUAUGUACUGUACCUUAUUUACUAUGUUUUGGUGUAAAAAUUACAAAGUCAAAAUAUGCUAAAUUUUUUACUACAGAAACUAUUUUUAACAAAACAAAAUACAUUCUUCUCAUCUCAUAACCCCUCUUCAAUUAAACUUAACUCCCACUUUCUCUAUCGAUUGCCUGUAAGGAUGUGAGGAUUUUCUAUUAUUAAAUUAUGGCGAUUUUCGUGAAUUAUUCUGAUGAUUUCAAGUAUAUAAAGACAGGCCAGUGUUAAAAUAUUUUGUUGAACAAACUUUAAAGUUUGGCAGGAGUUUCGAGGUUUUGCUUUACAGUAACUGUAUGAGGUAGUUGCUUGCAUUUCUCCAAAAACACACGCCAUGUCGGAGAUGUGACUCGAUAAGAACAAAAUUCAGCAGUUUUCUUCAUUGCUGGUUCAAGUUCCUUGACAAAUCAACUGCGUAACAACCAAAAGAUAAUUUGCAAGAUCAAUAUGCCUCUCAAACUUAGUAUUCAGCCUAUUGUCAAUAGUAACACCCUCCAGUACUCUUUUUAGGCACAAAAGUCUAGUGUUUUAGGAACUAAGACUGAGAAGAUUUGAGCAAACGAGUUUUAUCCUCUGAGGAUCAUAUGAUAUUGUUAAUAACACGAAAUUUUCUCGUAUGCCAAGAAAUAGCAAAUAGUUUAAGAGUAAAUUAGUGAUAUACACAUUCCCAUAUGUGAAGCUUCCCCUUUUCAAAGUCGAAUCUCCCCAAUUGUGUUUAUUUCUGUACCAUUAUAUCUUUAAUGAUCUAUUUUGAGUUAAAAUGUGUUUACACUUAUUUAUACUAAGAAUUGCCUUUUUUUUAAAAUCUAGAUAUAUCCUAAAUAGAAUAGACAAUAAUGGGCCUUGUAUAGACUCUUAAGACAUGAAAGACUUAAUAAAACUUUAUCAUCCAUAUGACUAUGCAAUUUUCAAAAGGCCGUCAUUUUAAAAUGAACUAAUAAGAACUGUUUUAUUUUCUUUUUGAAUUAUCAUCAUUUUUUUAAUUAUGAGAAGAAGAUUAAAGAAAAAACAUAUGUAAUUGACUCCCAAUGAAACAAGUCUGACAAGACAUGCCAUUGAUCAUGGAGGCCAUGCAUAGCAUACUAAAUUUUCAGAAAAUUUAAAGGAGCUAUAAUAUGGAUAGUCCUUAAAAAACAAAUAGCAGAUUUUAAUCGUGUUUGUAGUGGCAAUGGCUUAAUUUGGUAAACAGGACGAGGCAUUUGGUUAACAUAUUUAGGUGAAAAUUGUUCUUAAAAUAAAUUGUUAUUUUCGGCGUCACAGAUGUAAAUAAUGAUAAAUUAAUUAAGCAAACGAAUUAUUGUAUAGGUAAAACGAGAAAAAUGCGUCGUCCUGUUAAUAACCCUUUAACACUAUUACACACUUGCGUGCACACUAUAAAAAAAAAACACUAUUUCGAAUAUUGUGAUAAGAUACCUCAGGAAAUUUUCGUAAUCCCGAAAAAAUCCAAAAAAAAAAUUAAAAAUUAUUUCAGAAAAAUUCUAUCGAAAUUCGCAUGUUCUUUGCUUUUUUCCAAUGGUUUACUAUAGUGUUAUUUUAAUGUCCAUUAGAUGUGCGGCGGUAUUUGAAAUAAACCGCCUUCGGAGCGCUUUAGAAACCCAGUAAAUUUCGUCUUUCGCACACCCGCAUUUUAACGGUAUAAAAUUUUUAAUAAAAAUAUAUUAACGCCAUUUUUCGGAGCACGUAAGGUUGCAUUUACUACGUAGUUUAGCUGGUUUUUUAACGUAAAAUAUAUUCAAUAUGUUUCACUUAGGCUAUCUUUUAAUAUAUUCUUAAAACCAAGUUAAAAAAAAAUCGAAUUUUAGAUUAAGACGUCUUCAAUCAGAAACUCUUAAAUUUCGUAAGUGCGCCUCUUACUGUAAUCAAGGUUUAAAAGAUGGCAUGAGUGAAGAAAUAAAUCAUGUUUAAAAAAAAUAUUAGAAGAUGAAGGUUCAAUCGUGAGCUGUCGCGAUCGGUCGGUAUGAAGUAACGUAAAGUAAAAGAGUUCUGUUAAUUUUCUAGAAGAUACUUCACGCGCGCUUUCUGUGAGUUUUUUAGUCGGAUAGGAAAAGAAUUUAUUGUUAUAAUUACUUAUCGUGGGUAUUUUUUUCUGUACUGAGAGAGGUUAAACUUUUUCGACCAUAAUUAUGAUCAUUUCAUAUAAUUAAAAAAUAAUAAUUUCCAAUCUUGUCCACUCGGUACAAAUGAAAGCUCACGCGACGUUUUGUUCAGUCAAUCGUCUUCAGGCAACAAUGUACAUCGUCAUGUAAAAAAAAACCACUUGUAGAUUUGUAAAAUAUAUUUUAGGUUGUACAAAAUGGAUAAUAAAAGGUAGCAGUGUGAAAAGUGUAUUUAUAUUUAUUAUGUGCCAAGUUGUCACUUAUUCCCCGAAAAGAAAAUCUGUUUUUUGAGUAUUCAGUUGCAUCACUGUUUUAAUCCUUAAAUUGGCAGAAGAAAGACUAAAUCAAAACGAAAAAUAGAACUAAGCAAUAAUCAAAAAGUUAGAAUCUGAAUAUAAUUGUUGAGUGAAGAUGGUCGACUUGAACGCGGGUCGAAACUUGUUAAGAAAAGGCUGAAAUUUUAAAUAUAAUGAACCAUUAGAGUAUAUUUUAUUUGUAAAAUAGCAAACCCUCCCCCUGCCACCUGUAUAAAUUAUUCAAUUUUAUUAAUAUUUAAUAAUUUUACGAAGCUUGUAAAGAAACCUUUUUGUUGGUGUGCGCGAUAUACAGAGACGUACUUGAAAUUUUUAUAGCGAUAGAGUUUGUUUUAGCGCUUAAAGAUAAUGUUCGUCAUAGUGAAAUUGUGAUAAAAUUUUACAAUGUACGUCCCUGGAUAUCGACCCUUUAUCCACCAGUUGUUGUAAAGUUUUUUAAGUGAUUUUUUGGGAAAACUUAGAAGAUUUCUAACAAAAACCGAAGGUUUUCCUCCUCCGACUGUGAAAAAAAAAAUUAAAUAAAAAUUGUAUCAUAUAAAUAUAUGAAAAUUUUGUGACGCUGUAUAUAUUAUUUGAAGAUAAAUCUAAGAUCUAAUUGAACAUAAUAAAUGUAAAAAUAAAACAAAAUCGGUGACAAGCCUCCCCCUGUAUAAUUUGUACAAUUUUUAUAACUUUUUCUUUGUAAAUAUUUGAACAAAUUCAAAUCGGUGAAGUAUUAUAUGGAACAUUAAAAGAAUUCUAGCAAGGAUUGGGCAGGGAUGUAGUAAAGAAAAUGGGGGGCGAUCUGAGCCCCCUUAAAUACAUUUUUAAAAACCAUAUAACCCUGUAGAUGACUUAAUAUACCGUGUUUACUAAAUGUAUUUGAUGGUAGAUUAAAAAAAGAAACUUUUAAAUGUAUCUCUGUAGAUUUUGAUGGCACGUUUAUUAUGCAAAAAUAAGUAUUGAAUUUAUUAUAUAUUAAUGGUAAUAUUUGUGUAAAGUGUUAAAUGUAAGAAUUGUACAGUUUUCCCCACACGUUAAUUAUUAUUUUUUUAGGUACCACUAAAUUUUGAGAAUAUCGGAUAACAUUAGACUAUUCACAUUCUGACUAACAAUAUUUCACAACUAACCUAUUUUGCAGUUGCAAGGUUAUGAACAAUGUUUUCCGAUUUCUCUUCAACCUUCUUACCUUUAAAUCCCAUUCAAACUUGCAUUUAACUAGUAUGUGUUGUAUACAUAAGUUAAUUUGGGUUUAAUCCCCAUUUAUUUACUAACAAAUUUCUCGUUGUUUUUGCGCUUUACUUCUGUCAAAUAACAUUCGCCCGCCACACCGAAGUCGCACACAAAAGACUUGUCAAUAUAUUAAAUCAAAAACUUUCAAAGCGUCAUUCCAACUAUUGUUAAAGUAUCACCCGAAUCAUUUUUUGUAAUAUAUUACGCCAAAACAUUAUUUAUUGUUAAUUAGUUUGUCAUUCGUCAUCUUUCAUCUUCAUUGUCCUUUUUUUAAAAUAGGUAUUUGUACAAUUGUUGUAUAUAUUUGCUUAGAGUUAAACAAGAAACCGCAAAUACUAAUCUUAAUUUUAACGGGACAUUUCAGUUUGACGGGCGAGUGAUACUAAUGACAGAUGACUGGUAACUUUCGAAGGACGUUUUUGUAUUAUAUUGUAUCAUAUUAUUUUUUCGUUUGUGAAUCGAGGUUUCGCUAUUUAUUUAAAGAUAUUAUUGAUAAUCAUAUUUUUAAUUAAAAAGCGGAAAGCUCAAGCGCAAUUCAAAAUUUUCAACCCAUACACUAAAUUAUUAUAAUAAUCUGUUUGCUAACCUCCCUUACUUGCCUUCAAAUUUAAAAAAUGUAUGUAUAUAAUUGAAACAAAAUCUGAAUUGUGAUUGUUUUGUGAUAAAAGACAUUUUAAAUGUUUUGUCUUCACUGUACGCUAAUCGACAAAAUUUUUUUUCGGAAAAUUUUCGAAUAUGGAUCUUAAUGUGGGUGUUGGUGCAAUCCGUGUAAUAAACCCUCAAAUACAAAGUAAGGGAGGUAAAAAGAAAAAUCUUGGUUACGCAAAAAAAGAAAAAACGGCCAACCUAAGUUUUUAGUUUGUAAUCUAAAUAAAAACCGAUCAGACUGAUGUAAAGAAAAAAAAUUGUUAAAAAUCAAUUUGUAUAUUGUAAAUUCAUUUUUAUGUAAUUUUCGUUUCGGUUUGUUUUAUAAACUAACCCGCGCCUCUCUGUAACAUACUUGUGUAAAAUAUACAAAUUAAAGGAAAAUCUGAGCGAAAUGAGCCGUUUUAUGUAACAGCCAUUUUUAAUGUAAUUUUUAACGUGUACACAUUUUAAGUAAAUUAUCCAGUAAAUUAUAAUGCGGUGAUUUUAUUUAAUGUUUCGUUGCUUUUUCGGGAGGAUUUGAAGUUUAUUUUUUCACAAUUGAUUCCUGAGCAUGUCAUAUUUUUAUAAGCCAUGUCCUUGAAUUGAAAAAAAAUCAUUUUUAACAGUCCAUUGCAGGAAUUUAUUACUUAAAAAUGAAACUAACGAUUCUAUCCCGAAAAAUAAACAAAUAAAUUAUGUUAAGGGUCGCAAUGGCCUGCUUAUUCUUAGGGUAGCUGGAUGGGGAUCACUUAUUUUCACGAAGGGCGACUCUUGGAACUUAAGAGGGGGCAAUAAGCCUCCCUUAGAGAUUCGCCCUUGUUUUUCACACACAAUAUGGCUCUCUGCAAACUUACGGCUGUAUAAUAAUAUUAAAGGUCCGUGAACGGGCGUUUCUUUAAUAAUUGCCCCCUUACUCUUCCUGGUAAGUGGCAUUUGAAAUAAACGCCCGGAUCGCUGAAGGUUAUUUAUUAUUAUUAUUAUGAUGAUAAUAUGCGAUAUCUGUUUCCAUGGAAUGUAAAUUUAGUUGAAUAUUGCUGCAUGCUAGUGUUUAUUAUUCCUUAGAGUAUCAAUCAAUAUGUACGAUAAUGUAUUUCGAUUUUAUUAUUUUUUACCACGGUAGUAUAUAAUGAAUGAUUAAAUAAAUACCUCUAAAAAUG